AUGAUGGACUAUAUGCUCUACAAGGCUAAGGGGGCAUCAUAUGAGGACUUGGUGAAGAAUCCCAAGGUCGCCAAAAACAUCUCCAAGCAGGAUAUUGAAAAGGACGACAUGAACAAGGCCCCCUUUUUCGACACUUGGGGGUCCAAGACCGGGCGCUGCACUUCUUUCGCAGUCAAGAUCACCGCGGAACUUGUGAAAGCCAAUCCGGGCGUGUUCGACUUCAAAGUCUACGAUCUCAAGGGCCACCGAGUCGCUCGUUGCAUCAAGACUGGCGUCCUGAUCGACUCCAGCUCGUGGGUUGGUGCCUUUAUUUUGAAAGAAGGCGAAUGGAAAACCUUCCAGGACGGCGCUACGACUGCGAAGUGGAAGUGGGUCAACAAUGAGUCCAAGUUUAAGACAGACGGCAAAGAGAAAUCUUCGUCGACUGUCAUCACAUCAAGAGAGGCAAUGGCAAUUUGCCUGACAGAAGUGGCAGAAAGGCCGAUUGUUCUUACCUUGUUCCGGUCCUUUUCCAAUGAAAAGACAGGUUACCACGGUAUGUUUUCCUGGGUGUUUAACAAAAAACGCCUAGAGAUGACGCCUGAUCUCGAGAAGAGAAAGUCCAAGCUUGUUAUCACUUGGGACGGAAAAGGCACCGAGGAGGAUAAUAAGGCAUGCGUGGACAAUUUCGCCCAGUUUGUCAUGAACUACGGAGGCCCGCACUGGGAACAGCAAUUCAAAGCAACCGGCAUUAUGCAAGUCAACGAAAAAAUCUGGAAUGCAGCUAACAUAGUAUGGGGGGCCUAUCCAAAAUACAGCGUAGAAGGCACCGAACUUCCGAUCCGCGAUGUGGAGCGUGCUGUGGAGCUCGAAGAGCCGCUCAACGACCAACCUACGCAGCAAGAGCAGGAGAUUCUACCUGUGCCGCCGCCGCCGCAGCAGCCAUACGACUCCGUGGAGGCACUGUAUAAUGACCUUCAGCAAUUCCAACGCGAGAACGGCGCCGCGAUCGUUAGGAGUUCGUCUAACAAGAAAUACACGAUUAACGGGCGCGAGGUCAACACGUAG